CUAGUUUCGACCAUUGGAUUACAACUCUUGCACUUGUGGUCUUGCAUUAACAUACGUGUUCUUACAUAAUCCAAACAAAUAAUUUGAAAACAAGUUGCAGAGAUAUGGUGUUUGAUUGGUUUUUAAGACUUUUCAUGGUCCCCAAGAAGAGAAAGAAAAAAGCAAAAGUCUUUGGUUCGAUAUUCUCUAUUACCUCUUACUCUCUCUACUCUGGUCUUCAUCAAAUCUCAAAAGACAAUACUAUAUUGAUGUCUCUUCAACGACCCAAUGGGAACUCGAGUUCUUCUUCUUCCCCCAAGAAGCGCACAACUGAGGAGAGUGAUGAAGAGUUGUUGAUGGUUCCAGACAUGGAAGCAGCUGGAUCAACAGGUGUUCUAAGCAGCAGCGCCGACGACGGAGUCAACAAUCCGGAGAUUGAAGUUGAACAGACCCAAAAUGCAACCUCCACCGCUAAGCGCCGCCGUGGACGAAAUCCAGAGGAUAAAGAAUACAGAAGCCUUAAGAGAUUGUUGAGAAACCGAGUAUCUGCUCAACAAGCGAGGGAGAGGAAGAAAGUGUAUGUGAGUGAUUUGGAAUCAAGAGCUAAUGAGUUGCAGAACAAUAAUGAGCAGCUUGAGGAGAAGAUUUCUACUUUGAUGAACGAGAACACAAUGCUUCGCAAGAUGCUUAUUAACACAAGGCCUAAAGCUGAUGACAAUUAAUUAGUGAGAGACACCUUUGAUUAAUUCAAUGUUGUGUGAUUAUCUUCUCUUCGUAUACGAUUUUUGUUCGAAUAACGUUCGAUUUGUGACGCCUCUCCAAUAAUCUGAAUUUUUCUUCGGUUGAUAAAAUGUGAUUUGAGAU